UUUAGAGUUCAUAUAAAAUUAUUGUACGGUACAAAGAAUUAUGUACAAUAUUUUUUCCCCUUGAUUUGGUGGUUGCACUGAGCGUAGCCGAUACCAAAUUACCGUACUCCCGUAAGAGCCCGUGUAAUUUCUUAUCAGUGUCUAUUCUGUGUUUUUGUUAUCUACCUGCUACUAACCAGUCUAUGAUUUGAUAUUUGAUAAUAAUUUGAAUUUGAAUUUUUGAAUGUAAUCGGUAACGAUCCAUAUUCUAUAGUCAAUAUACUAAUUUAUAUUUGAUGGUAACAUAUGACGAAUAAAUGAUCAUCGCUUAUCGCCAAUAGGUUUUAAUUUUUAAAUACAUAUGGUAUUAAAGUAAAAAUGUUUCAUAGUUUUGUUUAAAAUUAUACUUAAGUAUUUCAUUAAUAAUAUCAACCAUGAACAGAGCUAUAAUUAAACUGUUUGAAAAAUCGGGUAAUGUUGGAUCGCAGUCUAACUUAUUAAAAAUACUUAAAGAUAAAUUCGUUGCUGCUACUUGGACCGAGUUUGUUGGACCAUUUUUAGAUGCAAUCGUAUCUGUCAUUAUGUUGGAAGCUAACGUACAUUGUACAGUAGUGAACAACAUGAUUAAGUUUGCUGCUAAUGGAGUGUCCAUUUUGGCUGAAUAUUCCUCAAGAGACGGGCGUAGUGGUUUGCAUUUAAUAUCGGAAAUAUUUCGUCUUUGUCGUAAGUAUGGUAAUGCUAAUAAUAAAAACAUCAGGUGGCGCUUCUGCUUAUUUCUCAAUCAUUUGUUGAGUUAUAUGUCUGCCGGUGCUGUAUUAUCUGUGGAGCUGUGUGAUGUCGCAACUCUUCUCUUAUUAGACCGAUUGCAAGAUAAAAAACCUGAAAUUAGAGCACAAGCAGCUCAUGCUCUACAUAGAUUGCAAAUGCCAGAUAAUCCUAAAUGCCCAAUUGUUGAAAAAUUCAUGUUUCAUAUGACAACUGAUCCCAGUGCUGAAGUAAGAUCUGCUAUUGUAAAAGAAAUUGCCUUGUUUAAUAAUGUGAUUAGUGAGAUGCUUAAAAGUACAUUAAAUGAUAUUAGUGAUAAUGUAAGAAAAGAAGCUUAUAACCGUUUAUUAACAUAUCCAUGUCAAAGUCUGUCAUCAAAACAAAGGCAGAUAAUAUUAGAAAAGGGCCUAGAAGAUAAAAAUGAAAAUAUUAAGUCUUUGGUGAGAAAACGGUUAUUGGAUUACUGGUUGGAAUCAUGUGGUAACGAUUUUGUUGUAUUUUUAAAAAAGUUAGGCGUAGAUAAUGCACAAAUAUGUGAAAAAACAUUAAAUAUCAUGUUCGAGUCUUACUAUGACAGUCAGAUAUUAGAUAUAAUGGAAGAAUUCUUAAAUACUGAUACAAGAAUGAUAAACUAUGAAAGUUUAACUGUCGAAAAGAUUUUUUUGUGGAAGUGUGUUGCCAAGUAUUUGACCAUUGAAAAAAAAAUUGAGUUAGCUCGAAAUAAAGGUCAUAUUGACGAUAACUAUAUUGAUGUAUUGCUACCAGAUUUAGCCAAGUUUUCAGACUACGUUCGUGAGUACCAUUUUACUUAUAGUUCUAAAGAUGACAAAGAAUUUGUUUUGGUACAGUUGUUAGAUAUGGCUAGAACAUUUGCUAUUGAUGACUUUGGAGCUGCGAGUUUAAAUAAAUUGUGUUGUGAUUUGAUAUUAGAUGAACAAACAGAGGUGGCUCCUAUAAAACCUAUAGCCAAAUUAUUAGACUUUACAUUUAAAAAUGGCAGUGAUGUCUUAAUUUAUGUAAAAGAAAUUUUAAAUGAAAUUCAAAGUCAAACAAUUGACAUUCACUUAUUAAUUGAUAAAGUUGGCAAAAAAGAGGCAUUAGAAAAACAGUUAUUGUCAAAAAUGAGCAGUCUUGAAGAAUUGCUUGAAAAUGAACCUCCGUCAUCAAGUAAUGCUCAAUUAUUAAUCGGUAAAAUAAAAAAAAUGAAGAAGGAUUAUAAAGAAAUAAAUGUAUUACCUGAAGAAAUGUUAUUGGUUGAUAAGACAAUAAAAUAUUUACUUAAAGGAUUGGAGUUGGUGUUUCAAGUACAACAAUUACUGAAAGUCAGUUUUGAACUUUCAUUAUUAACCGAUAUCAUUCAAAAUAUUGUCGUAGGGUUUUUAGAAUGUUCAAAAGUCGAUAUUAGAAUGGCAGCAAUACGAGCUUUAUCUCCAUAUUUGUUAGCCAAUAAUCCAAAUGCUGCAAAACAACAUAUUUCUACUUUAUGUUCAGAAAUUUCAAAUCCUUUAACAGAUCGGCGUCUUGUAUUUAAAAUAAUGUUUGAACUUUUCUUACGAUAUGAUCUGAAGACUUUUGACAUGAAAGAAAAUUUAGAUACUGAUGAAGUGUAUGAUGACGUUUUUUAUAUAGACAACGUCCUACCUCUUUUAGCAAGUUGCAUUGACUAUGAUGUGGAUGAUAAUAGUUUUAAAUCGGUUGUAGUUAAAGGAUUUUGUAAUUUAUUAAUUUUUGAAAAAGUCAGAUCUAUUAAUUUGCUCUCAAAGCUUUUAAUCAUAUGGUUUAAACGUAUGACUCGUGAAUCAUUUAAUGUAUCCAAUGAUCUAGUACAGUUUUUUACGUCAUAUGUGUUUUACAUUCGUUCAAGCAGUAGUACAUUGGCAAAGUGUUAUGUACCAGUAUUUAAAGAGAUUAAUGAACACAACUUAACAACAGAAUUGGGCAUUAACCCAGAAGAAGUGAACUCAACUUUGAUAAAUAUUACCAGAGGACUAAUGUUUAAAAAUGAAAAAAUGGCAAUUAACGCUCAUAGUGAAUUGGCUUCCUACAUAUUAGAUUACUUAUUGGAAGAUCAACCAUACACUGCCAUGUUGGUCGAUACCUUAUAUAAGUUAGAACUGGAUUUUGACAGUGACAAAGAGCUGACCAAUAAAUUAAGUAUAAAAGUAAAUCGUUUAAUUAAGCUACUAAAACGAAACGAUGAUAGAAGCUAUAAUAAAUAUUUGAAAAAAAUAAGACAAAAAUUUGAUCAAAUUUUGAAAAAAGAUACAAUGAGGGACAAACAGACAAUUCUACAAAGCGUGGAAGUUGAUAGUACUGAAACUCAAAAAGCAACAAACGAUCAAGUUUUGACUGAAUCUCAAAUGCAACCUUCAACUAGUUCUCAAAAUCUUGAAAUAGUCGAACCACACAGUGAUUUAUUUUCACAAGAACGAAUGUCCCAAACACAGAGUAGUGAUGAUGAAGAUAGUGUUGAAGCAUUUACUAAACUAGAUGCAAUGAAACGUAUGUCGGAGGUAUUUAAGAGAAGUUUUAAAGCUCAAGAUGAACCUGUUUCAGAUAGCGAUUAAAAUCAUUUACAAUAAAAAUGUAAAUAAUUAUUAAGACAUUUAUGGAAAUAAUUCUAAAAACAAAGUAUGUGAAACAAUAUUUUGUUUGUAAUAUUAUUUAAAUUUUAAUAAAAACAGUGAGUUUAUGUUAUGUUCAAUUUUAAUUAGGUGUGUAGGAUACAACCACAAAACAUCCUGACCUACAACCCUGUUAGCUUACUUUAACAUGUAACAGUGAUUUAAGUUUAAUUAUGUAUUAUCUGUGAAGAAUGAAUAUAUUAUAAUAAUAUUAUCUAUGAAUUAUUUAUUAUUAACAAAAAUAUUUUUGAAGAAGGCAAUUUUUAUAUUUCGUACGUGUUUUUUGGAAUUGUAAGAUUUUUAAGUGAAAAAUUUUAAUUAUUUUAGUCUUAAAUUUGUAAA